UUGGGCACCGGUCUGCAGUUGGUAACACUGAUCCAGACGUACGGUGUCACUCGCGUGAGUGUGAGUGUCAUUACUUUCUCAAGUGUGGGAGAUAAGCGUUUAGUUUUUCGUAAAAGAAAAUGGUAUCUUUAUUUUUCUCGCAGCCAAUGACACCUGCCAUAACUGGAGUAGAAGAGCAGGAAAAACUACUUGAGGAUGCAAUUGGUGUGGUCAGAAUGCAGGCCUUCCAAAUGAAACAUUGUUUAGACAAAUCUAAACUGAUGGAUGCAUUAAAACAUGCUUCUACAAUGUUAGGUGAACUCAGGACUUCCCUUUUGAGUCCAAAGAGUUACUAUGAAUUAUAUAUGGUUAUUACGGAUGAAUUAAGGCACUUGGAACUUUAUUUAUUAGAUGAAUUCCAAAAAGGAAGAAAAGUUACAGAUUUAUAUGAACUAGUACAAUAUGUUGGCAAUAUUGUGCCUAGACUAUAUCUGCUUAUCACAGUUGGAUUAGUGUAUGUUAAAACAGCCCCUGGAUUAAAAAGAGAUCUGUUAAGAGAUUUAGUAGAAAUGUGUAGGGGUGUUCAACAUCCCUUAAGAGGUCUUUUUUUAAGGAAUUAUUUAUUGCAAUGUACUCGUAAUAUUUUGCCGGAUGUUGAAGGGGAUGAUGAGGAUGGAAGUGUUCGCGACAGUGUAGAUUUCGUGUUGAUGAAUUUCGCCGAAAUGAAUAAGUUGUGGGUACGCAUGCAACAUCAAGGACAUAGUAGGGAUAGAGAAAGACGGGAACGAGAAAGAGAAGAACUUAGAAUUUUAGUAGGAACUAAUCUUGUACGACUUAGUCAGUUGGAGUCAGUAACUUUAGACAAAUAUAAAAAGCUUGUUUUACCAGGAAUUCUGGAACAAGUAGUCAGUUGUAGAGAUGCAAUUGCCCAGGAAUAUCUUAUGGAGUGUAUAAUUCAAGUUUUUCCCGACGAGUUUCAUUUACAAACGUUAAAUGCAUUUUUAAAAUCUUGCGCAGAGCUUCAAAAUGGCGUAAAUGUAAAAAAUAUAAUCAUUUCAUUGAUAGACCGUCUUGCAGCAUUUAGUCAAAGAUCAGAUGGUGUAGGGGGACCAGGGAGUCCCAAUCAAGUGCCAGGGAUUCCACAAGAUGUAAAGCUUUUUGAUGUAUUUAGCGAUCAAAUUGCGACUAUCAUACAGACUAGGCAAGAUAUGCCUCCAGAGGAUGUAGUUUCUCUUCAAGUAGCACUCAUUAACUUGGCACACAAAUGCUAUCCCGACAGAGUCGAUUAUGUGGAUAAAGUUUUGUUGACAACUGUUCAAAUAUUUCAGAAACAAAAUGUAGAUAAACUUGAGUAUAAUAGCGCUGUAUCGAGGGAGUUAGUAAGAUUAAUGAAAAUUCCAAUUGAUAACUAUAAGAAUAUAUUAACUGUUCUGAAACUGGAACACUUUGCUCCGCUAUUAGAUUAUUUCGACUAUGAGGGUAGAAAGUUGUUAGCUAUUUAUAUAAUAACGAACAUUUUGGAAAAUGAAACCUUAAUACCAACUCAAGAGCAAGUAGAUGCAGUGCUUUCUAUGGUGUCUCCGUUAGUGCAAGAUCAACCAGAUCAACCUAGUAUAGAAGAAGAUCCCGAAGAUUUCGCGGAAGAACAAGGCCUCCUUGGUAGACUAAUACAUCAUUUUAAGUCUGAGACAGCUGAUCAACAGUAUAUGAUAUUAAGUGCUGCUAGAAAACACUUCAGUGCUGGUGGAAAUAAGAGGAUAAAGUAUACUCUACCGCCAAUUGUGUUCCAAGCUUAUCAACUAGCUUUCACGUACAAAGGGUUAAAGGAUGAAGAUGAAAUGUGGCAGAAGAAAUGUCAAAAAAUUUUUCAAUUUUGUCACGCAACCAUUACUGCGCUAAUGAAGGCCGAAUUGGCCGAGUUACCGUUACGAUUAUUUCUUCAGGGUGCAAUAGCGAUAGGUGAAAUUCGUUUUGACAAUUUCGAAAUGGUUGCUUACGAAUUUAUGAGUCAAGCAUUUUCUAUAUACGAAGAUGAAAUAAGCGACUCUAAAGCUCAAUUGGCAGCUAUUACAUUGAUCAUUGCUACGUUCGAGCAAAUGAGUUGUUUCAGCGAAGAAAAUGCAGAACCAGUGCGUAAUCAGUGCGCUCUGUACGCUAGUAAAUUGUUAAGAAAACCAGAUCAGUGCAGGGGUGUUGCAACUUGUUCUCAUAUAUUUUGGUCUGGAAAGUCAUUGGCGACAGGCGGGAAAGAAAUGCAAGACGGAAAUAAAGUAUUAGAUUGUUUGAAAAAAGGUAUUAGGAUAGCAAGUCAGUGUAUGGACACAUCUGUUCAAGUACAACUUUAUGUUGAGCUACUAAAUCACUAUAUUUAUUUCUAUGAGGAAGGAAACACAGCAGUAACGGUUCAAAUUCUAAAUCAAGUAAUUGCAAAAAUUAGAGAAGAACUUCCGAAUUUGGAAGUUAGCGAAGAAACGGAACAAAUACAAAAGCAUUUGGCCAAUACAUUGGAACAUUUAAGAAACAGGAUGGAAUCCCCAGAAGCUGAUAGCCUUUCCUAUCAAGGGCUAGUUCUCUAAUACAAUUAGUACGAAUGAUGAUCUUGUAUAUAAGAAACUCCACCGAUUAUUUUAUACAAUAAUUAUAAAUAUUGAAAUUAAACGUUUGUUAGAUGCAUAUAUUAA